AUGUCGGAACAGCUCCCCCAUGGCUCCCGCCGCUAUCCCAACAUUCUAAGCAGAGGCAUGGCCCCGCCCGCUGUCCCCGCUGCCCCCGCUGUCCCCGCUGCCCCCGCUGCCCCCGCUGCCCCCGCUGCCCCCAACUCGGCUCCCUCGUCCUCUACCCGUUUGUCCUUGGCUGUCGCCCCGGCUAUCUUUUGCCUCCAUCUCCGUGGUCGAGACACUCCAACUGUCAACACCUACACAACGAUCUCGAACGUCCGCGGCUCCGCCACCCACCGCCUCAUCACCCCUGCGACCUUUGGCGGAGUUCCCGCCCGUAUCACCCCCGCCAAUGCCAGCAAUGUGUCCCCCACCACCCCUCGCUCUAUGGUCUCCUCGUUUAGCAGUGCCCAAACCUCCAACGACCUCAGCAUUGUCACCGCCACUACCGGCAUGACGAUCACCGACGCGGACGAUACCAUCCCGGGCAGUGCCACCUCGGAGUCCUACAUCCUUGACGAUGAUGCCUCGCGCCCGGCCACGCCUUUCGUGACCCUCGACAUUAACUUCUACCCGCACAUCGUUGACCACAUCAUGCGCAACCUGCCCCUCCAGUCAUGGUACACGCUUCUUCGCCAGAUCAACAAGAAAUGGCAGACCGAAGUCGAUACCACGCUGGCUCGCCACAUGGCGACGCAGAGCAUCCGCUCGCACCAUUCGGCGAGAAACCGGCGCAUGGAGAGCGUGGAGCACCGCUUCCCUCUCGACUGGUGCGACAAGCGCGGGAAGCACGUCAUGGUGCUGGACGGAACCCGCUCCGUCAUGUGCGCCAACGCCGAUCUUGGACGCACGUAUCUCAAGCCCCAGCUGCUGCGGUACACGCUGACCGCGGUGCUUGGCCGCCACGCGGUCUCCCUCAAGGUGCCGACCAUCGUCGUCUUUAUCGCGCCUCAGACGCUCUCGUCACGUGUGCCGUCUUCCACCGGCCUCCUUCGUGUAUCCGACUAUCCCACGUUCCCUCGCUCGCACUUGUGGGACUACCACUUCGUGCGUGCCGACCUUGUCCCCCCUUCGAUCGUGACAAUUCCCGAGAUUGAUCGGUCGGCCGUUGAGCGCAUCAUCUUCAACCUGCACUACCACAAGGACCACGCCAUGUUCGGACAGUGGGAAUUUGACUUCACCUUUGUCCCCCGCGACGACCGUUUCGAGAUCUACGUCAUCCUCACCCACGAUCCCCGCAUCCAUCUUCAGCUGCACCACGGCCUUCCCCCCGGCACGCCACAGUUCGAGGGCCGGAUCCUAAACCGCCUCCUCCUUUCUCUCGCGCGCCCCAUCGUGCGCAACGCAGGCCGCACGCGCGUCGCCUUCGUCGACGCUGACCGCUUCCUCCACCGUUGGCUCGCCCCCAAGUAUUUCUCCCGCGCGGACGGCUUCGGCGCGAACGAGCUUGGCAUGCUGAACCCCGACACCGCUACGAUCGAAGAGCGAAUGAGGCACUGGCUCUUCCUGUUUGUGGAUCACGAGCACAUCAGGCUAUGGAACCGGCCCUUCGGCCGCGGCCUCGACCGUAACGUCCGCUUCAUCACGGGCGACGAGUUCCGCAAGGAGAUUCCUGUCAACGAUUAUGUCUUCGACCGGGUCAUACACCCUCGCAUCCCCCCCGUUGAGGAGUAA